UACACAAUAAAAAAAAACUGUCUUACUGAAUUUAAAGAGUGAUCAUUUUAAACGAUGUGUUCAACAAGCCUUUUAAACCAGCAGAUGUGACCAGAGAAGGGUAAUUCAGCCGCUCGCAGUGCAUCGGCGCCGACCGGCGGCGCCUUGUCAAGCAUAUCAGGUGCUUUUGGUGGUUGCUUCGUCUCAUGUCAAUUCGCGUCGUAUCGAUUAUCCUCGUUCUAGCGCGUGUUGGCGAGAUCUCGCUCUCGCUUGAAAAUAAACGCACAUAAAAAAAAUAAAAGAGAAGAGCGAACGCAGCGGCAAGAAAAAUGACGUGGAAAAUCGUUCGCAAUGACUGUAAAUAAGAGAUAUUGGAACCGAAACAUUUGCGGGAAUUCGAGGGCUCUCCAUUUCGUUUUGCUUGCAAAAAUAGAAUUCUGAAGCAUUCCAAUGUGACACAAGUAACAAUCAACUGUGUCUUCAACUGUUUUAUCUCAAAUUUGUAAAAUAAGAAAUUGUCGACUAAAAGUGAGACAGUAUGAACUCUGCAACAGAACUGGAACACAUAGAAAAGUUGGCGAAAGAAGCGGAAAGCUUAAAGAUACGUUUAGAGGAUGAACGACAAAAGUUGAAUGAUAUCACACUUGCUAGUGUAGCAGAUAGGCUUGAAGCAAUUAAUUGUAUAAAUGUGAAGCUCAGACGUAUUUUAAAAGGACAUCAAGCUAAGGUUCUAUGCUCAGAUUGGUCUCCUGAUAAGCGUCAUAUCGUUUCUUCCUCACAGGAUGGAAGAAUGAUCAUAUGGGAUGCUUUCACAACAAAUAAAGAACACGCUGUUAGCAUGCCUACUACAUGGGUGAUGGCAUGCGCUUAUGGUCCUAGCGGUACCUUAGUUGCAUGCGGCGGUCUAGAUAACAAAGUUACGGUAUAUCCAUUAAGUCUGGAAGAUGAUGUCUCAACUCACAAAAGAACUGUCGGCACUCACACGUCCUAUAUGUCCUGCUGUGCAUUUCCAAACAGUGAUCAACAGAUAUUAACAGGCAGCGGAGACAGCACAUGCGGAUUGUGGGAUGUAGAGAGCGGACAAUUGUUACAGAGUUUCCAAGGUCAUUCCAGUGAUGUUAUGUCCAUCGAUUUAGCGCCAAGUGAAACCGGGAAUACGUUUGUGUCAGGUGGUUGCGACAAAUUGGUCUUGAUCUGGGAUAUGCGCAGUGGGCAAUGUGUGCAAAGUUUUGAAGGACAUCAGUCCGACGUUAAUUCGGUGAGAUUUCAUCCUGGGGGCGACGCUGUAGUAACAGGCUCGGAUGAUGCUACUUGCCGCUUGUUUGAUUUGCGUGCUGAUAGAGAAGUUGCAGUAUAUGCAAAAGAGAGUAUAAUAUUUGGAGCAAAUGCGGUUGAUCUCAGUAUAAGUGGGCGCUUGCUUUUCGCCGGAUACAACGAUUAUUCGGUGAACGUAUGGGACACAUUAAAAUGUCAACGAGUAGCGCUGUUAUAUGGUCAUGAAAAUCGAGUUUCGUGUCUAAGGAUUUCUCCGGACGGAACUGCUCUGUCUACUGGAAGCUGGGACUCAACUCUGCGAGUUUGGGCUUAGUUUCUUGAUUACUGUUAAACAUGUUGAAAAUAAUUUUAUGAGAUAAUCAUGCCAUGCUGCGCACGGCAUAGUUAAUAUAAUGUUAAUACACACACACACACAUUUCUUACUUUAUCUUAUUUACAUUUAUAAAUUCAUGUGAUCUUUUUUAGAUAGUUUUUAUAUUUCAUUCAGGUUUUCAUACAUCGCAUUCUACAUAUGUAUGAUACAUUUUAGUGUAUUUACGCACUUAACAGCAAGCUUGCUAUGUCAUACGCAAAAUGUAUAAUCAGUAUGUAAUA